UUUUUUUUUAUUAAUCAGGAGCACUGAAUGGAAACCAAUCAGACAGAGAGCCCCCUCGGCUUGGGCUGCCUGCAUGCUGGAGUUAAAAAGUGCUGCGGGCCGAGCGGGAGCCCCAGUGAGAGGCGGGGAGGCUGAGCGGCGGGAGAAGGGGCCGGGGAGCCGCGCUGCCGCCGACCCGGGCGAGGCUCGGCCCCGCCGUCCCUGCGUGCCGAGAUCCUUUGAGACUGCAAAGACUAUUUAAAGACACAAGACGGCAUGAGACUGGAAUCAGUGCAGUGAAGUAGGUUAGUUUAAGGACAACAAAAAAAAGUCAUUAUUUAGACCUUCUUGUGUUGCCAUGAUGAGAACUUACCAUUGCUUCUGGCUGCUGUUUUGGGCUGGUCAGCCCCACCAAAGUUUCUUAACUCCAUUAUCCAGAAGGACUAGUGGCUUUCCAGAAAAGGAAAAGGUUUUGGUAUUGUCUGGAAACAGCAGGAGAGACCUCCAUCGUUCCAAAAGGAGCUGGAUGUGGAAUCAGUUCUUUUUAUUGGAGGAAUACACAGGGACUGACUACCAAUAUGUUGGCAAGCUGCAUUCAGACCAGGAUAAAGGAGAUGGAUCACUUAAGUACAUACUUUCUGGAGAUGGAGCAGGAGACCUCUUCAUUAUCAAUGAAAACACUGGUGACAUCCAGGCCACAAAGAGACUAGACAGGGAAGAAAAGCCUGUAUACAUACUCCGUGCCCAGGCUAUAAACAGGAGGACUGGAAGACCAGUGGAACCAGAAUCUGAGUUCAUCAUUAAGAUCCAUGAUAUCAAUGACAAUGAGCCAAUGUUUACAAAGGACGUUUACAAUGCCAGCAUUCCCGAAAUGUCAGAUGUUGGUACCUUUGUUGUGCAAGUCACCGCAACUGAUGCCGAUGAUCCUACAUAUGGGAACAGUGCUAAAGUUGUCUACAGCAUUCUCCAGGGACAACCAUAUUUCUCUGUUGAAUCUGAGACAGGCAUUAUUAAAACUGCUUUGCUAAACAUGGACCGUGAAAACAGGGAGCAAUACCAAGUGGUCAUCCAGGCUAAGGACAUGGGAGGCCAGAUGGGCGGAUUAUCAGGAACAACAACUGUGAACAUCACAUUGACUGACGUAAAUGACAAUCCACCUCGCUUCCCCCAGAGCACGUACCAGUUCAGAGCUCCUGAGUCUAUGCCACUUGACUCACCAGUUGGCAGGAUAAGAGCUAAUGAUGCUGAUGUGGAUGAAAAUGCAGAGAUUGAAUACAGCAUCACUGAGGGGGAUGGAUAUGACAUGUUUGGAAUUACCACAGACAAGGACACACAGGAAGGAAUUAUAACUGUCAAAAAGGCAUUGGAUUUUGAAAAUAAAAACCUAUAUAUUCUGAAAGUGGAAGCUACCAAUACUCACGUGGACCCUCGAUUCCUCUACCUGGGGCCAUUCAAGGACUCAGCUACAGUCAGAAUCCAGGUGGAGGAUGUGGAUGAACCUCCCGUGUUCAGCAGACCAGCAUACAUAAUGGAAGUGAAAGAAGAUGUUCCAAUAGACAGUGUAAUAGGAACGGUAACUGCUCAGGAUCCAGAUGCUGCCAAGAACCCUGUCAAGUACUCUGUAGAUCGACACACUGAUAUGGACAGAGUAUUCAACAUCAAUUCAGGAAAUGGUUCAAUAUUCACUUCAAAACCGCUUGACCGGGAAACACUGCUAUGGCACAACAUUACAGUAAUAGCAGCAGAGAUCAACAACCCAAAACAAAGCAGCCGUGUCCCAGUGUUCAUUAAGGUUUUGGAUGUAAAUGACAAUGCUCCAGAGUUUGCCAUGUUUUAUGAAACCUUCGUCUGUGAAAAUGCAAAGGCAGAACAGCUGAUACAAACAUUAAGUGCUGUUGAUAAAGAUGACUCUUACAGUGGACAUCAGUUUUCAUUCUCCUUAGCUCCUGAGGCUGCCAGCAGCUCAAACUUUACACUACAGGACAACAGAGACAACACAGCAGGGAUUUUCACCCGAAAAACCAGAUAUAACCGGCAUGAAAUGAGUACCUACUUCUUGCCAGUGGUAAUAUCAGACAAUGACCACCCUAUCCAGAGCAGCACUGAAACGGUGACUAUUCGAGUAUGUGCUUGUGACCAUCGAGGAAAGAUGCUGUCCUGUAAUGCCGAAGCCUUGAUUCAUCCUACCGGUCUUAGCACUGGGGCUCUUAUUGCCAUUCUUCUCUGUAUCAUUAUAUUACUCGUUACAGUGGUGCUGUUUGCAGCACUGAGACGGCAGCGGAAAAAAGAGCCUUUGAUUAUUUCCAAAGAAGACAUCAGAGACAACAUUGUCAGUUAUAAUGAUGAAGGUGGUGGAGAGGAAGACACCCAGGCAUUUGAUAUCGGCACGCUAAGGAAUCCCGAAGCCAUAGACGAUAAUAAAUUACGCAGAGACAUUGUGCCAGAAACACUUUUUAUGCCACGGCGGACUGCAACAGCACGAGAUAACACAGAUGUCAGAGAUUUCAUUAACCAAAGGUUAAAGGAAAAUGAUACAGAUCCAGCGGCACCCCCGUAUGACUCGUUAGCAACCUACGCGUAUGAAGGUAAUGGUUCUGUGGCCGAGUCCCUCAGCUCCUUGGAGUCGGUGACUACAGACGGAGAUCAGGACUACGAUUACCUCAGUGACUGGGGGCCUCGGUUUAAAAAGCUGGCAGACAUGUAUGGCGCAAUGGACAGUGACAAAGACUCUUAAUAUGUUGCCUUUUACUUCUUUUUUUUUUCCCUUCCUCAGUUUCAGAAACAGCAUUGAGAUAUGUGAAGUGGCUAUUUCUUUCUAUUUCUCCACAGCUGUGUGAAAGGGUUCUCUGUUCUACCCAUUUGAAUUGUCCAAUGACUACAGUCUGUGUGGAUCAGCUGUCAGAAAACUUUUUCUAGUAUCAUUUUAUGAGCUUCCAAGAGGCAAAAUUCUUAUUUUUUAGUGCAUCCAGUUUACCAGGCCAAUCUUACAGGCACAGCAGUAGUGGAAGGGAAAAAAAGGAUCAGAUGGGGAGCAAUAUUUUUACUUGUUCUGCUUAUAUUGUAAAUUGGAGUAUAUUACUGUUUAAGCUCACUUGUUCUUUUUACUUGUAUUCAGACUAUUCAGCUCAGAUGACUGCUCUGUCGAUUGUGUAUUGCACAUCCCAAUGUAAUGAGGUACCCUCGUUUACCCUAUGUAUUAUAGUCAAAAGUAGUGGUGAUGGAAUGAAGGUUUAUUAUACAAGUAGAGUAAGCUGAGAAAAAACAUCAAACAUGCAUUUUACUCAUGAGGUGGGUAGAAAGGCCUAAUGGUCAUUUAAAUCUAAGUGUUUUUCUAGAACUUGCCAUUGCCCCCAAUGCACUGAAUCAUACCAACACACACUUAUAUAUAGUUCAUUGACUGCUAUGUAUAUAUUCUUCUGACCUAGCGUUGCUGGAGACAUGUGUGUGCGUGCAUGUGUGUGUGGUCAGUAGCCCCAAUAUCUAAUUCUUAGAUGGUUUCCCAGUUCUAACCCAGACUUGCCUUGUGGUACAGGGAAAGUCAUCUAAUCCAACUCCAGAUUAGAUCAUGACUUGGAGGAAGGAGCAGAUCAUAACUGUGCUUUUCAUCAUAUUUCUUCAGUUGGCCUCCAUCUGCACAUCAGUUCACCGAUGGCCACUGUGCUGAGGAGGUGGGAGUCAGGCUUUUCAUAUCCCUCUACUUCUGCCUGUUCUCAUGUGCAGGAGCAGAGUAGUAGACUCAAGGUGACUGACACCUGUUGGGGCAAAAGAAGCAACUGCAAAGGAUGAGACUGUGCUUUUUUUGUCCUGACCUUCCCUGCCUGGAUGCCCAGGGUGACUUCCUGACUCUGCCCAGUUUUGCUAUCUGUAAAGUGGGGAAAUAAUGCCUACCUCAUGAGGAUGUUGCAAGAAUUAUAAAAGUCAUCUGGAAAAUGCUUUAGAGAUGGAAGAAGCUGGCAUUCUGCCAGAGGAAGUAAUUUCUCAUGUUUUUGGGGGGUGGUUUUCUUUUUUAUUUUUCCCCAGAUUCAAGCCCUGAAUGCACAAGUAAGCAAGAAUCAAUUGUCAUUCCAGUGGCCUGAAAAGCAGGGUUUAUAACCAUAACUAGUUUUUUUAAAAUAAACUACUCAGCCAGGGUUGUACUAGGGUUGUAAAAGUCUUCACCAAAAGGUAAAAUUUUAAUCACAAAUCUCUCUGUGUGUCUUUAUCUGCUCUACCAAGAUAAAUAAAUUUUUGUCCGGGGGGAGGGGAAGAUGCUACAGUCUCAGGCCAAAAAAAAAAUUUCUUUACAGCUUGUGCACCACUCAGUAUUGCUCUUGGUUUGUCAAACACAUGCUGUUGCUGCUCUUCAAAUCCAGCCAUCUAGGAAAGGCUAUCUGGAGAAAACCCUAAGGGGCUGCCAUGGGACAUAUCCAAUUCCAGGAGCUAAAAGCCGCCCUGUGUCCCAAAGGAGGGACACAGACCAUGGCACUGUGCCAAGGAAAGAAGAAUUUUUUUUUCUAAUGUACCUCAUACAUAGCUAAUCUCAUUUAUUUCAUUUUGAAACAGUAUUUAAUACCAGAAUUACAGGCAUACAUCUGUUUUCCCCCCUCCCCCAAAUCUUAAGUGAAUCAAUUUGAAAACUAAACGACAGCUCCAGUUUACUCUAAAGAGAGAAAGGAAAAAAGUUAAUAAACAGAAAAUUAAAAGAGUUUAAAAAUUAAUCCCUGGAAUUCAUUACUGCUAGAGAGUUAAAUAAAGAGAGCUGUAAGAUUUCCGAGUAUUAGACUUUUACAAGCAUGACGACAUAAUUUCAGAUUUUGCGAACCGGCUCACAGCGACAAGGAUGAGCCAGCCACGCUGCAGUGCCCAGCUGGGACUGGGAAGCACUCCUUCGCAGUGGGAACCACUGCACAUUUACUGGUUUAGGGCAAGGCAGCUAACGGCUUGCAGGUGACCAGCAUGAAAGACUAGAUGGGUUUUCAGAAUGGAGAAUCCCAGAGUUUCAAAGGGUCCUGAGCCCUUGGUCGUGCUGACAGAGGCAUCUCACAGUGCUUCAGUCCAGCAGAGCGAGGUGUCCUACUCCGUAGCUUAGGAGGCCGAGCCUGGUACACCCAUCAUAAUGGCAAUAGCAGUGGCACGACUAGGGCCUUAUUAUGUCCUCCAUCAUUUAAAAUGAUAAAGGCCUUUGAAAGUCUAGCCCUUCAUGGCUUCCUUGAAAUCAGAGCAUCCAGGAGGCAACCUGUCCAAAACCUGGCUCUGGCACACCAGAGGGAUCAUCUGGAUAUCUGAUAUGUGGAAGAGCAGCAGACGCUCAGCACCACCUGCCACAGGACCCUCACAUCAGGCUGCUAUCCUCAUAAAGUCAGUGGAGACAGCGUACCCCUCAGGGGGCUCUUCCAAAUGUCUGCCGGACACACACCCGUGUCUCACGCUUCACUGCGUGGGGUUGCCUCAAGCAAAUCGCCUCAAGCUCAGAGUCCAGUUGGACCCCCAAGUGAGCCAGUAAACUGUCCCUUCCCCUCUUCAGGGCCUUGAGGAAACAGAUUUGUGUGCGGAAGGGAUGGCAGAGAUGGCUAUGAAACCACACACGAUUUGGCCCUGCAAGCCAUCCCCAGCUCACAGGGAAGAGGGAGUCACCAUCGCUUGACUGAAGACAGACCUUGCACCCUCAAAGGGCUGGGCCACCCUGCAGGUCAACUUGCAUUAGUCAGUCCUUGGGGUGGAAUAACAAGACAGGAGGAUCGCUGAUCUCCUUGUAGCUACUUUCUUAAGUUUGCACAGUGAUUCUUGUCUGAUUUAGUGAUUGUUAGUCGCAGUCCAAGCUCAAGUUUGUUUUUGGUUUUUUUUUUCCCCUUUGAAUUGAAAGCUGGUCUUAUCUUGUCCAUUGAGUAAAUAGAGAGUGGCUACUCAUGCCUGUUGUGUAAAUAUAUUAUAUAUAUAAUUUCAAUAUGUCACCACAAAUAUGGUGCCUGAAUAACAAAUGGAUUCUUCUAAGAAAUUCAUGGGAAACUCGCAUUCAAAUUAUUCUUUAUGCAUCUAGGUUUUAAGGUCUAUUUUUUUUCCUGUAAGUUAGACAGAUUCAGCAUCUCUCACACAGCAAGAAGAGCUCAAUUCUGUCUUUUCUUCUUGCUUGGCAGUACCACAAAGUGCAAUUUAUGAAAUCAGUACUGCAUAUUAAAUAUUGAAAGUGCCAUAUUGCAGUGAAUACAAAAAACUUUUCAGUAGUAUUUAUUUGCACCUUGUUGCAUGCCGGCGUGCUAGAUGAUAGAAAUGAGUAUUUAACAAUGCUUUCACACAAUGCUAGAAUUGCCAUUUAUAGAUAAACAAAUGUUAGACUAUGGGCUAUGAAGUGGGUUUCAAGGCUGUUUUAAGCCUGCUCUUACUACAAUCGCACCUAUUUGAGAAGAAGAAAUGUUAUUAGGAAUUAGCUAAACCAGGUAGACAGAUGAGCAGUGCAGUUGGCUUUUAAUUUGGAAAAGCAUCUGAUCAAACAGGGGACCUAUUAAAAGGUACAAAGGAAUUCAGUGGUUGUAACAUGAAACAGGGAAGGGGGGGAGCAGGGAGAGGAAGUUACAUGGCAGACGUUUCCGGCCUUGCUACUGCACAACAACAACAUCUCUACGCUUGAAAUGGAGUAAGGCUUCUAGUAUAGCUAUUCCACCCCAGCUCCCAAACCAGCCACUUUAUCCCAGAAAAAGGAAUUUUUUACUCCAGAAGAAAGAAUAAUUUUUAACCUGAAAUAAUCUAUCCCACAACAGUACCAGUAUGGGGAGACACAGUAGGGGACAUACACUAGCACAUGCCUCAAAAUGUACAAGGACAUUGUUCUGUUUAGACAAGUGCUUAGAAGAGAGGUGAGGCAGAACCUUGCAGCAAGCUCUGAAUAAGGGAACUUAGGGGUUUCCACAGGGCUCUACUGACAGUACUACAGGACUGGGAUAUGUUCCCAAAGUUGACAUAGAUGGAUACCCUGCCGAACCAUGAGAAAAACAACUUGUCUGUGUGAUCCUGUUAUAGCUGGUUAAAAAAAUUCCUCUGAAAGAUUACGAGUAGAAGAACAACACUCCACCUCUACCAACACUAAUUUUAUAAAUUUGUCCUAAGAAACAGAUAUAUUUUUAGAGAUAUUUUUUGUUUCAUUAGUUGUCAGAUCUUGCUUUGUUCUAUGGACAGGUAUUUCCUAGCUGUGAAUUGUGAAUGGGAGAGGCAACCUUCACAUAACCCAGUUUUGGAAGUAGCAGGCUACAUUACAAGACACAACAUUUCCAUUUACUGUCACAAAAAAAAAAAAAAAAAAAAAAAAAAAAAGAAUCCCACAAAACCAACUAACUGAAUAUCUGUAGUACCAUAAAAAGCAGAAUGGUCAUAAAGAGGUAGAACAGGGAUAGUUGGCUUUGGGAAUGUGUGUCUGCACAUAUACAGUAUGAAUAAAAAGAAGGGAAAUAAUGACCAGUGGAAGCUAGUGAUGUUUCAAAACCAGACUUAUCCCUGUUGAGCAGGGGCAACAGUGCAUAGUCACUUCUAAUGCUUCCAGGUUUCCUACAGCAGCCAGAGGGAGAUUUUCAUGGACAGGAAGAAAGACAUCAUCUUUUUCAGACCAAGUAAAUUAAAUGCAGGGUGUUUCCAUGCAAAUCUCUAGGAAAGAAAGUCCCUUUGUCAUGGUUAUUAUUAAAACAUGUUAAAUUUCUGCAGCCGAUCUACUUGGUGGCCUUCUCCAGGGUGAAUUACAGCCAAUGAUUUUGAGCAGGUAACUCACUGCAAACACCACUUUGUUAGAUCUUCCUGCCACCAUCUGAUUUAAAUCUCUCUCUGUUUCCUUUGGCUAUAAGUAGUACUGAAGUGUUUCAGAAGACCAAUAUCUCAACUGGAUGCUACCAUCCCCUGCCCAUUUGUGUUUCAAUUAACACUGCAGUCUGAGGUCCCUUGCCAAAUGAGAGCUGACAAAUUAACAGUCAUUAUGCUACUUCCAAUGAGUAUGAGCUACGUCGUAAGUUGUGCAAGGCAAGUUUUUUCCCCUCUAGACCGGUGAAACAGCAGCCUCCUCCAAUGAAUGUCAAGGCCACAACUUCUAUUUUCAGUUUAGUCUUCAGAAAGGCUUGUUUUCUUAGAGAUUGUUUCUGUACUCAAGAAAGAAGAACAAAAGCAUGUGUAAUGUCUACAGCAUCAUGCAUUGCUCCAGAAGGUGAAAAAACACAGUAGCCAACGCGAUGUUUUAAUGGAAGUCUCUCCCUUCAGUAGUUUUAUUUAGGCACAGCUGAGACAAUCUUGAUCUUGCCCAUCAUUUUGCAAUAUUACACUUUUCAAACCAGACCUGCCUUUGUCAUACACUAAACACAUUCCUGAACAGUUCAUAAAAUUCAGCAGUAGGUAUCCAAAAGCCAUGACUGGGGUUACAGGGAGUACGAAGUCAGAGCAGUGGGAGUUUCGGGAAGAAGAACAGAAAGCGGAUUGCAUGGGGGGGGGGGGAUGUAAUCAGUCAUAUGCACGGCAGGCCCAUGGCACUUAAAAGCCACAAAGCUGUCAUAUUAUGCAUAGAGUUACUGGAUUUCAAAAGAGCUUUUACAGAACUUUCUCUUCUUUUUCUGCAUGUGUCUUUUUCUUUCUUAAAAAAAAAAAAAAAGAAAAAAAGAGAAUUAAGGAGCUGCUAACUUCAAAUUUCUCCUUCCACAAAGUCAAUACGACAAAUAAGGCAUAAGUCCAGCAUAUAGAUAAAUCCUUUCCACUCCCAUGGGCUUUUGACCUUUCCUAUGUGACUGCACUAUUUAUGUAAAUAUACCUGGAGACUCUUUCUAUAAGCUUUUAGUUUUCUACAAUCUAUUACUGUAGUGUUUAUUAAAGAAACAAAUGUAUAGAAUUAUUAAGCAUUCAGGUGAUCAUAACAAAGAAAAAACACUGCAAACACAAAAUUGUUCUGGAUUUUGACACAUAAAACUUCAGAAUCACUGUAAUGUUUUAAUUCUGUGAUUACUUUUGUUGCUUUGAAAAAUUAAACUUAAAAGAAAGGCCUUAUAAUAAAUGCUAUGUGCAUCUUAACUGUGUUACUGAGCGAAAUCAAUCUGGCAAACUCCUAUUGAAAUUUGUGAUUUUUAAACCCUUAAAAUAAAUGUCUUUUGGUAUUGAU